GUUUUUAAUUGGCUAUCUCUGCCACGUAUGCACCAUUCAUGUUUUUGCAUUAGAGAUGCUCUAAGCCUCUUCCAAUCCCCUUCUUCAUCGAUCCUAUAAAUAACGGAUAUUGCAAAUGUGUUUGAUGAUCAUAUAGGAAACAUACAAGAAAGAACAAACAUCUGUUCGAUCAUUAAACUUUUGUAAUGGUGAUAAUCGGUGGUGUGAAUUAUGAACGUAUCAGUGUUGCUCGCACAUUGAUUAAUAAUCCAGAUGAUGUUUCUAUCAAGCUGCAUAAUCUAAUUGGAUUUAAAGGAGAGGAGAUUGAAAUUGUAUGGUCAAAUAGUCACGUAUGGAUAAUGGGAUAUACUGAAAGCAACCGGGCCUGGUUUUCGGAUCGUAUAUCCCUGAAGCGCCGAAUUUUGGGCAUGGGCGUCGAGGAAAUAAAGCUUGACGAUAAAAAAGGUACCCUUUACGUGAAGUUAUCAAAACAAGCGACUCGCAAAAUUGAUCCGACAAGAACCGUAUUGGUUCAAGAACUACUAGACCAGCAAAGCCCAUCAUCAUUACCCAACCAUACAAAGUACGGCGGCAGCGGCGCAACACAAAAGCGCAUAAAUGCCCUCACAUAUGGUGUAAAC